UUCUAUUAAAAAAAGAAAUAAUCAUUAUAAUUUUGUCGUCCAACAAAAUAUUCAUAGGGAAUUUUAAAAAAAUACCGUCUAACUGGUAAUGAAUCAGCCCUGCCCACAAUUUUUAGAAAGGUUAAUAUGUCUUCAGGCCGGCCCAUUAAAUGUGUUGUAGUUGGAGAUGGAACUGUUGGGAAGACAUGUAUGCUUAUUUCAUAUACUACAGAUAGCUUUCCCGGAGAAUAUGUACCAACAGUAUUCGACAACUAUUCAGCACCCAUGGUAGUUGAUGGUAUAUCAGUAAGCUUAGGAUUGUGGGAUACGGCAGGACAAGAAGACUAUGAUAGAUUACGACCUCUUUCUUAUCCACAAACAGAUGUUUUCCUAAUAUGUUUCAGCGUAGCAUCUCCCUCUUCAUUUGAAAAUGUUACUUCCAAGUGGUAUCCUGAAAUCAAACAUCACUGUCCAGAUGCACCCAUGAUAUUAGUGGGUACAAAAAUAGAUUUAAGAGAUGAUAGAGAAACUCUCAAUUCAUUGGCUGAUCAAGGUUUAUGUCCUAUUAAAAGGGAGCAGGGUCAGAAACUGUCAAAUAAAAUAAGAGCAGUGAAAUAUAUGGAAUGUUCAGCUUUAACUCAAAGAGGGCUGAAACAAGUUUUUGAUGAAGCAGUUCGAGCUGUUUUGAGACCUGAACCUCAGAAAAGACGGCAGCGCAAGUGUUUGGUUAUGUAACCUCUAUGUAAGAAAUACAGUAAUGUUCUUAUAUAUUUAGUUCAGUUUAAUAUUUUUGACAAGAUCUUUGAGCGAGUUUAUUUAUUUUCUCUAAUCAGUGUCUUAAGCAGAAGGGUGAAAUAGAAGAUAGUCGGGGAACAUCACCAAUCAAAUCGUUGAUAUUUUUGGUAUUAUUAAUAUGUGGCUGAUAAAAUAUUCAGAUAUAUGUGGAACUUUAUAAAUACUUAAGACUAUUUUCAUUUUAUUUCACCUGCUUUUUUGUGAAUUUGUGACUUUUGUAAAAUAAAGAUUGGCUUUUUGUGUCACAAACUGGAUUUCAAACACAAAAAAAUAUCAUCGAAUUGACCCUGAUUCUGUUUACGUUAUUUUAUAUUAUGUUGUGAUAGUUUUUUAUAAUAUUAUAAGAAAACAAUCAAUAUUCAACUAUAUUAAUUUUCGACUUUUUUCUAUUUUCUCAUAUUAACACUUUUCCACAAAAAUAAAAAAAAUGCUAAAUGCUUUGGUGAACAAAGUUUUAUAUCAGGUUCUGAGAAAUCAGUUUGUAAUUAUGAAAUGUUUUUCUUUAGUCAUGAAUGAUUUGUUUGAAUAUUUUAUUAUGACCAUUUAUAUCAUUAUUUAUGGAAUUAGUUCAAGAUAUAUUAUUUAUUUCAAGAAUUCACAAAAUUAGUCAACAACCAUCCUUAUAAGAAACAUUGUCAUUUCUGGAACCAAAUCCAUUGUUAUUUACCAAAAUUGAAAUAAUAUUACUUAAGAUUGACUAUUGGCAUAUUCUAUCAACUACCAUAUCAAACUGUGAUCUUUGUUUGGUGUAAGAAUCGUUUACAAGUCUCUAAAUGUAAUGAUGAAAAGUUAUCACAGCACAUAGAAACCAGUGUUGAAAUGAGUUUUGAAGAAGGUUUUUCUCUAGGAUAACGGUAUGAGAAGAACUACUUGGAAGUACGAACACUGUAGUUCUCUUAGUGGUUGUCACACACAAUAAUUCAUCCAACACAUAAUUAACAUGUCUGAUCAUUAGAAAAGUUUGAAGUGGGUAUAGAAUGACAGUAACAAAUUCAUACGAAACCAGAAAACAAAAUGGAAGCUCCAAAAAAAUGUUUGCCUAGAAAAUAUCAUACAUUAAUGGUUUCAAACUAUUGGAAUGUAAUAAGUUCACAGUGUGAUGUUGGAAGACACGAACAUAAGUAGAAAAUAUAAUAAAAAGAAUCUCAAUUGUCAGGUGAUCACCAGAUAUUUUAUCUCAUACCAAAACAUUACCUUGUCGCAUUUCAUUAGUUCGGACUUUCAUUGU